CUUCCUGGAGGAGGAGGAGGAGGAGGAGUGGCUGGGAGAGCCUUGGGAGGCUUCCUGACUUAGAGAGAGAGAGAGUGCCUUCCUUCCUUCCUUCCUUCCUUCCUUCCUUCCUUCCUUCCUUCCUUCCUUCCCAGAGGGGGCCAUGGCUCUCCUGCUGCCCAGGUUGGAGCCUGGCUGCCAGGAGAGGCCGCAGGAGGGAAGCCAGCCCGGUGGUGCAUCUUCAGGCCCAGCAGAGCCAAGCCAGGACCCUCCGCCUGCCUUUCCUGCUGCUGCUGCUGCUGGGAAUGGAGGGCAGUGGUGGGGAGGAGGAGGAGGAAGCCUUCUGGUGGGGAAGGAGGAGGAGGAGGAGGGGGGGCUGCCAAGGGGAGAGCCCCCACCACCUUCAGGGGCAGAGCGCCAGAGCUUCAGGCAGUUCACCUACCAGGAGGCCUUGGGGCCCCGAGAGGCCUGCAGCCGCCUCCACUCUCUCUGCCGCCUGUGGCUGAAGCCCCAGCGACACUCCAAGGCGGAGAUGCUGGACCUGGUCAUCCUGGAGCAGUUCCUGGCCAUCCUUCCGGCCGAGAUGGAGCGCUGGGUCAGGGAAUGUGGGGCAGAGACCAGCUCCCAGGCCGUGGCCUUGGCUGAAGGAUUCCUCCUGAGUCGGGCCCAAGAGGAGAAGAAGACACAGAUGGCGGACUUGUGUGCAGAAGUGUCUUCCGCCUUGGAAAGGCCUCCCUCCACUUCCAGCCGGAUGCCGGAUUGUGCAGGACAAAGGGACCCUCCCAGCUCCACAAGAGGUGAAUCAGAACCAACACAUAUUGGCUUAUCUCUUCCUUUUGAUGUACGCAGCACACCUUCUGUGACACCAGAUCAGGUGACCUUCCAAGAGGUGGCCGUGUCCUUCAGUGAGGAGGAGUGGGUCCUUCUGAAUCCAGACCAAAGGGCCUUACAUCAGAAGGUCAUGGAGGAAAAUCUGGAGACUGUGUCCUCUUUAAGUAAGGCCCCCUCUUUUAUGACAACUCACAGAGAAGGUGAAUCAUUUCAGUACGGGGACUGUGAAGAGAAUCGGGAACUGUGCGUCUCUUAUCAGCAAGCAAUGUCCACUAAGAGGAAGCCCUUCAAGUGCUUGGAAUGUGGAAAAUGUUUCUGUCUGAAGAAAAGUAUUGCUUAUCAUCAAGCAAUUCACACCAGAGAGAAAACAUUCAAAAGCUUGGAGUGUGGAAAGUCUUUUAUUCGGAAGCAAAAUCUCAUUUCUAAUCAAACAAUUCCCUCAAGGGAGAAACCCUUUAAAUGCUUGGAGUGUGGAAAGAAUUUCACUCAUAAGUUAAGCCUCACUUAUCAUCAAGCCGUCCAUUCUGGGCAGAAGCCAUUUAAAUGCUUGGAGUGUGGGAAGGGCUUCAUUCAGAAGACGAAACUCACCUAUCAUCAAGCUAUUCAUACUGGGCAGAAGCCAUUUAAAUGCUUUGAUUGUGGGAAGACAUUUACCCAGAAGAUAAGCCUCACCUAUCAUCAAGCUGCACAUACUGGGGAGAAGCCAUUUAAAUGCUUGGAUUGUGGAAAAAGUUUCACUCAUAAGACAAGCCUCACUUAUCAUCAAGCCGUCCAUUCUGGGCAGAAGCCAUUUAAAUGCUCAGAGUGUGGGAAGGGCUUCAUUCAGAAGACAAGACUCACCUAUCAUCAAGCUAUUCAUACUGGGCAGAAGCCAUUUAAAUGCUUGGAGUGUGGGAAGGGCUUCGUUCAGAAGAAACGUUUUACUUAUCAUCAAGCUACUCAUACUGGGGAGAAGCCAUUUAAAUGCUUGGAAUGUGGAAAGAGUUUCACUCAGAAGACAAGCCUCACCUGUCAUCAAGCUACUCAUACUGGUCAGAAGCCAUUUAAAUGCUUGGAGUGUGGAAAGAGUUUCACUCUGAAGACAAGCCUUGCCUGUCAUCAAGCUACUCAUAUUGGGGAGAAGCCAUUUAAAUGCUUGGAGUGUGGGAAGUCUUUUACUCAGAAGAUAGGCCUCACUUAUCAUCAAGCUACUCAUACUGGGGAGAAGCCAUUUCAAUGCUUGGAGUGUGGGAAGGGCUUCAUUCAGAAGACCCAUCUCACUACUCAUCAAACAAUUCACUCGGGGGAUAAACCCUUUAAAUGCUUGGAGUGUGGAAAGAGUUUCACUCACAAGAUAAGCCUCACCCAUCAUCAAGCUACCCAUACUGGGGAGAAGCCAUUUAAAUGCUUGGAGUGUGGAAAGAGUUUCACUCAGAAGACAAGCCUCACCCGACAUCAAACUAUUCAUAUUGGGGAGAAGCCAUUUAAAUGCUUGAAGUGUGAGAAGUCUUUUACUCAGAAGAUAGGCCUCACCUAUCAUCAAGCUACUCAUACUGGGGAGAAGCCAUUUAAAUGCUUGGAGUGUGGGAAGGGCUUCAUUCAGAAGACCCAUCUUACUACACAUCAAACAAUUCACUCGGGGGAGAAACCGUUUAAAUGCUUGGAGUGCGGAAAGAGUUUCACUCACAAGAUAAGCCUCACCCAUCAUCAAGCUACUCAUACUGAGGAGAAGCCAUUUAAAUGCUUGGAGUGUGGAAAAUGUUUCACCCGUAAGUUAAGCCUCACUUCUCAUCAAACAAUUCACUCGGGAAAGAAGCCAUUUAAAUGCUUGGAGUGUGGGAAGGGCUUCACUCUGAAGACAAGCCUCACCCGACAUCAAGCUAUUCAUAUUGGGGAGAAGCCAUUUAAAUGCUUGGAGUGCGGAAAGAGUUUCACUCAGAAGACAAGCCUCACCCGUCAUCAAGCUACUCAUAUUGGGGAGUAGCCAUUCAAAUGCUUGGAGUGUGGGGGAUGUCUUUUAUGCUGAAGGCACAUCUCACUUCUCAUCAAACAAUUCACUUGGGGGAGAAGCCAUUUAAAUGUUUGAGUGUGGAAAGAGUUUAACUCAGAAGACAUCCGUCACCUAUCCUCAAGCUACACAUACUGGGGAGAAACCAUUCCAAUGCUUGGAAUGUAGGAAGGGCUUCAUUCAGAAGACACUCCUGAAUUAUCAUCGAGCUACUCAUACUAGGGAGAGGCAAUUUAAAUGCUUGGAGUGUGGGAAGCGCUUCACACAGAAGGCAAGGCUCACAGAAUACCAAAGAAUCCACACUGGGGAAAAACCCUUUAAAUGCUUAGAGUGCCAAAGCUCUUUUACAGAAAAAAGUUACCUCAUUGCUCAUCAGGCAAUACACACUGGGGGGAAACCAUUGAAGUGCUUGGAGUGCGGAAGAAGUUUCAAACUGAAGCGAUCCCUCUAUCUUCAUCAAGCGAAACACAUGAGGGAAAGAACCCUUUAAAUGCCCGGAGAAUACCUCCCUCCUUUUCCCUCAUCCAAACCAUGUGGAGACUGAAUUUCUGUAAUAGAGAGAGAAGACUUUAAAA